AUGAAGUUUUCGCACUCGUUACAGUUCAAUGCUGUACCCGAGUGGACAUCGAAGUACAUUGCGUACUCACAGUUAAAGAAGCUGACGUAUAAGCUUCAGAAGGAGAAACUAUACCAUGGUAACUCUGUUGCUGAAGGGUCGGAGGUUGCUUUACUGGUAGAGAAUUUCGAGAAACCAUUUAUUGAUGCAUUGGAUAAGGAGUUAAGGAAGAUUGACAAGUUCUUCAACUCCCAGGAAACAGGGAUUCUUGCUAAUUUUCAAGAAUUUCGAGAUGAUUUCGAGGAACUACAGUUUGAAGUGCAGAUGCGAGCUUUGGAUGCUGGCAAACUGAAUGGUUCCGCGGUAUCUUUUACAAGGUCUGAUGUCGACGAGACUGUUGAAGAUCAUAACGAUAUGGAGCGGGGAUCGUACAACCUCGGAUCUUCGAAUGUACUUCAAGAUAUUUUGCUCCCAUUGACGCGCGAUACAAUGUACACAUCCCAGGAAGCGUUAUUAGAACAGCAAGUGGCUUUUAAGAAGCGGGUUGCGGUCUUGUUUACCCGUCUGUCCGAGUUGAAAUCGUACAUAGAACUUAACAAGACUGGAUUCUCAAAGAUUUGCAAGAAGUUUGAUAAAUCUCUAGAGUCAAAUGUGAGGGAUUGGUACAUGGAGUCGCUACCUAAGAGAACCCAUGUCUUUGCGCCUGAGACAAUAGAGAAGAUCGACGCUUGCAUUAAACAAACAGUUGCAAUUUAUGCUCAAUUGAUGGGUGGCUCAUCUCCUGGCGUUGCAAUUGACACUGUAAAUGAUCAGACAAAGCUUCACGAAGCAGAGCGUGAGUUAUCUGUACAACUGCGUGAUUAUGUCGUGUGGGAGAGGAAUACUGUAUGGAAGGAUAUGAUGAAUCUAGAGAGGAAGGCACAGAAUGCAAAGACAAAACCGAUUCAGGAACAUACGCUGGAAUCAGCUCAGGACGGAAGCCUGAAUAAUUUUAUGCACAGUGAUGCUAAGUUGGCUAUAGUGCCUUCCAACUACUUGAGAUUGAUUGUUCGGUCCCCGAGGUUCUUGAAGUUUUUAGGUAUUAGUUUGAUAUUUUUGGUUUUAUUAGUGGUCUUGCCAGUAGAAGACAUUCUGCAAAAAAACUGCCUUGCGAUCUUAAUCUAUGCAUCUUUGCUAUGGGCCACAGAAGCGAUACCCCUCUUUGUAACGUCAUUAAUGCUUCCACUGCUUAUUGUAACGUUCCCUGUUAUACGUGACCCAGUCACCUCUACCGCUAUGACAGCUACCAAAGCUUCCCAUUAUAUUUUAUCCUCGAUGUGGUCCAGUGUGAUAAUGCUUUUGUUAGGCGGGUUUACGCUGGCGUCAGCUUUAUCGAAAUACAAUAUUGCAAAGGUGUUAUCUACUCACGUACUCGCUUCUGCGGGAACAGAACCGAAGGCCGUUCUACUAACCACAAUGUUUUUAGCAACAUUCACAUCAAUGUGGGUUUCCAAUGUUGCUGCUCCUGUACUAUGCUAUUCAAUUGUACAACCGUUAUUACGAACAAUGCCUAAGGGGUCCCAUUUUGGAAAAUCAUUGAUAUUAGGAAUCGCACUGGCAUCGAAUAUAGGGGGAAUGGCUUCUCCAAUUGCAUCUCCACAAAAUAUUUUUGCAAUUGGUGUUAUGGAUCCCACUCCCUCAUGGUUCCAGUGGUUUCUAGUAUCUAUUCCAGUUUGCUUGCUCUCCGUUUUGGCGAUCUGGCUUUUCCUUUUAGUCACUUUCCCAAGGGAUCGGAAUCUGAAGUUAUUGAGGUUACAUCCUAUCGACGAACCAUUCAGUGUACAACAGUGGUAUAUUGUUUUUGUAACAGUGCUGACGAUUUUAUUAUGGUGCCUAGGAAGCAAAUUGUCAUCGGUAUUCGGUGAAAUGGGUAUCAUAUCAAUAGUUCCAAUGUUGCUGCUUUUUGGCACCGGGUUACUAGAUUCAGAUGACUUCAAUAACUUCAUGUGGACAAUUGUCAUCCUUGCGAUGGGUGGGACAUGUUUAGGCAGGGCAGUUUCUUCUUCUGGCCUUUUAGAAAGCGCUGCGCUCGUAAUUAAAAACCAUUUGGAAUCAUCUUCCAUAUUUACAAUUGUACUCAUAUCUGGGGCUGGUAUAGUAACAAUGGCAACAUUUGUGUCACAUACAGUAGCCGCGAUUAUUAUAGUUCCACUUAUGAAGGAAUUGGGCUCCAACUUGGCAGGGAGUGACCAUUCAAGACUUUUAGUUAUGACUACAGCAUUACUCUGCUCUGCAGGGAUGGGACUGCCUACUUCAGGGUUUCCCAAUGUAACUGCAAUAUCCAUGAUCGAUGAUCUAGGAGACCGUUAUUUGGAUGUAGGAGCCUUCAUAAAACGAGGAGUACCAGCGAGCAUCUUAACUUACUUUAUUGUAAUUACAGUCGGAUUUUUGAUGAUGAGCAUUAGCCGCUUUUGA